CCCCGCGCGCCUUUGCUCUCCUCUCCACGCGCUGGAUCAGCUGAUGCGUCACGUGGCGCCCUUUUUGCAAGAUGGAGUUGAGCGAGUCGGUGCAGAGGGGGCUGCAGCUCCUGGCUGAUCCGUCCGUCGUGGAUCCCAGCAGUUUCCAGGUGCUGCUGGAUGUCUCCUUCCGGGGUCUGCUCGCGUCUCGGGCCGACCCCGCGAUCCUCGAUCAGCCCGAACUGAAGCACAUCGACAGGAUCCAAGUGAAGCAGAUCCACGCAGCGCUGGCCACGUUCAUCCUGGAGGCGGUCAAACACAACGCCGACAAGUCCACCAUAAGCUCCUGCCUUGAGGAGCUCACAUUCAGCCCAGAAAGAUUAGAACUAUUCUUCACCACCCAUCAGAAACAUAAAAAAGAGGUUGAGAGUCUACUCAGCAGAACAGUUGUCCAAACACCAGGCGAUCGAUUAAUGAUAAUCUGCCAAUGGAAUUUGAUUUCUUCUUUUUUUCUGUAAAGUUCAGCCAACAUGCAUCGAACCACCAGGAUAAAGAUCACAGAGCUCAACCCUCACCUCAUAUGCGUCCUUUGUGGGGGAUACUUUAUAGAUGCAACCACAAUCAUCGAGUGCCUCCAUUCUUUCUGUAAAAUGUGCAUUGUGCGUUACCUGGAAACCAGCAAAUAUUGUCCCAUCUGUGAUGUACAAGUGCAUAAAACCAAACCCCUGCUCAAUAUCAGAUCUGAUAAAACUUUACAGGAUAUUGUGUACAAACUGGUACCGGGCCUUUUCAAAAAUGAAAUGAAGAGGAGAAGGGACUUUUACGCAGAGCAUCCCGUAGAUGCAUCCAAUGGUUCACAUGAGGACCGUGGAGAGGUAGCAGAUGAGGAUAAGAGAAUAAUCACAGAUGAUGAGAUCAUCAGUCUUUCCAUUGAGUUCUUUGAUCAGACCAGACUUGUAGGUGGAGUGGAAGACAAGCAGACAAAAGAUCAGGUGGCAAACAAGAGGUACCUGCAGUGUCCAGCCGCCAUGACAGUUAAGCAUCUGAGGAAGUUUUUGCGCAGCAAGAUGGACAUCCCAAGCACAUAUCAGGUUGAGGUUAUGUAUGAAGACGAGCCUCUCAAAGAUUACUACACAUUAAUGGAUAUAGCGUAUAUCUAUACUUGGAGAAGGAACGGCCCCUUGCCCCUGAAGUACCGGGUCCGACCCAACUGUAAGAAAAUGAAGGUGAACCACAGCCAGGAGGGUCAGAACAGCCUUAGCAGAUCCGCUCCGGAGAGCGACUCCGCCAGCGACAAAGCAGGGAGUCCCACCGGGGCUCCGUCCACCUCUUCGUCGCUGCCAAGCCCUGGGACCCCCGCUCUUUCCCCGCACCCUCAGCUCCCGCACGGCCCCAGCAGCAACAACAUCGGCAGCGUGAACGGGAGCCCCGCGGCUGGAGCUCAGACCCCUAGCCGAACCUUCCCCCACUUCGGUGGCAGUAAACCUCGGAAGGUCUCACUGAACGGCUCGGCGACGUCGUCCGGAUGACGCCGGGACCCGCCUGCUGACGUCAGACUGCCGCUGCGCUCCUUCGGUUUCCAUGCCAACGUAGUUCCACUGUGUAGACGAUGAUCUCUCUCUUUCUGUCUCCAUUCGUCGUUCUAAAUAUUAUGGCAUCAUUUGUACGUUUAAAAGUAGUGGAAUCAGAGACAUUUCAAAAAAACAACAAAAAAAACAUAAAAAAAAAAAAAAAAAA